AUGAACUGGCCCCAUUCCUGCAUCCCCUUUUGCUGGAUUUACUUUGCUGUUUCCAGAUUGAGAGCUGUAGAAACAGCAGAUGGAAAAUAUGCUCACAAGUUGUUUCGUGAUCUUUUUGAAGAUUAUUCUAAUGCUCUUCGUCCGGUGGAAGACACAGAUAAAGUCCUGAAUGUCACGCUGCAGAUUACACUUUCUCAGAUUAAGGAUAUGGAUGAAAGAAACCAAAUUCUGACCGCCUAUUUAUGGAUCCGCCAAAUCUGGCAUGACGCGUACCUCACGUGGGAUCGAGACCUGUAUGACGGGCUGGACACCAUCCGGAUCCCCAGCGACCUGGUGUGGAGGCCAGACAUCGUCCUGUAUAACAAGGCUGACGAUGAAUCUUCAGAGCCCGUGAACACCAAUGUGGUCCUGCGAUACGAUGGCUUGAUCACCUGGGAUGCGCCAGCCAUCACCAAAAGCUCCUGUGUGGUGGAUGUCACCUACUUCCCCUUUGAUAACCAGCAGUGCAACCUGACCUUUGGUUCCUGGACCUACAAUGGCAACCAGGUGGACAUAUUCAAUGCCCUGGACAGCGGAGAUCUCUCUGACUUCAUUGAAGAUGUGGAAUGGGAGGUCCGUGGCAUGCCUGCUGUGAAGAAUGUGAUCUCCUAUGGCUGCUGCUCGGAGCCUUACCCGGAUGUGACAUUCACUCUCCUUCUGAAGAGGAGGUCCUCAUUCUACAUCGUCAACCUCCUCAUCCCGUGUGUCCUCAUAUCUUUUUUGGCUCCCUUGAGUUUUUAUCUCCCAGCAGCCUCUGGGGAAAAGGUCUCCCUGGGAGUGACCAUCCUAUUGGCCAUGACUGUAUUCCAGCUAAUGGUGGCAGAAAUCAUGCCAGCCUCAGAAAAUGUUCCUCUGAUUGGCAAAUACUACAUAGCCACGAUGGCCUUGAUCACAGCUUCCACUGCCUUGACCAUUAUGGUGAUGAAUAUCCACUUCUGUGGGGCCGAGGCCCGGCCAGUGCCCCACUGGGCCAGGGUAGUCAUCCUGAAAUACAUGUCCAGGAUCUUGCUUGUCUAUGAUGUGGGUGAGAGCUGCCUCAGCCUGCACCAUGGUAGGGAGCAGGACUACUUCAUGAAGGUUAAUGGCAAACUCCCAGAGUCUAACCUGAAAGCAGCCAGAAAUAAAGACCUUUCCAGAAAGAAAGAAAUGAACAAACUCUUAAAGAAUGACCUGGGGUGCCAGGGUGAGAACCCACAGGUUGCUGAUAGUUACUGUGCACGGUUCAGAAUGCUGACAGAGAAUAUUGAAUACAUUGCCAAGUGCCUCAAAGACCACACAGCCACCAAUUCCAAGGGGAGUGAAUGGAAGAAGGUUGCAAAAGUCAUAGACCGAUUCUUCAUGUGGAUUUUUUUCAUCAUGGUGUUUGUCAUGACCGUUUUGAUCAUAGCAAGAGCAGAUUAG